CAGCUUUGCCCUGGUGAAGAGGAGAGAGUGGUUCCUCAGUUAGAGAAGAAAUGUGUGACACACCAACUUACUGUGACCUAGGAAAGGCUGCCAAAGAUAUCUUCAACAAAGGAUAUGGGUUUGGUAUGGUUAAAAUAGAUCUUAGAACCAAGUCUUGCAGUGGAGUGGAAUUUUCUACAUCUGGUCAUUCAUACACUGACACAGGUAAAGCUUCGGGUAAUUUGGAAACGAAGUACAAGAUCUGUGACUAUGGGCUUACCUUCGUUCAAAAAUGGAACACAGACAAUACCCUGGGGACAGAAAUCAGCAUGGAGGAUAAAUUGGCUGAAGGUUUAAAGGUGACUCUUGACACCAUAUUUGUACCAAACACAGGAAAGAAGAGUGGGAAAUUAAAGGCCUCCUAUAAGCGUGACUGUUUCAGUCUUGGUGGAAAUGUUGACAUUGAUUUCGCUGGACCCACCAUUUAUGGCUGGGCUGUAUUGGCUUAUGAAGGAUGGCUUGCUGGCUAUCAGAUGAGUUUUGACACAGCCAAAUCCAAGCUGUCUCAGAAUAAUUUUGCCCUGGGCUAUAAGGCUGUUGACUCCCAGCUGCACACACAUGUGAAUGAUGGCACUGAAUUUGGAGGGUCAAUCUACCAGAAGGUUAAUGAGAAGAUUGAAACGUCAAUAAAUCUUGCUUGGACAGCUGGCAGUAACAACACCCGUUUUGGCAUUGCUGCUAAGUACAAGCUGGAUCAAAAAACUUCUCUAUCUGGUAAAGUGAAUAAUGCCAGCCUUAUUGGACUUGGUUAUACUCAGACACUCCGAGCAGGUGUAAAAUUGACGCUUUCAGCUUUAAUUGAUGGGAAAAAACUUAAUGCUGGAGGUCACAAGGUUGGGUUGGGAUUUGAAUUGGAAGCUUAAUAUAGUUUUUAAGUAAAGUAUCAGAUCUGUCCCUGGAAAUGAAGAGAAAUGAACCCACUCUGUUUUGGCCUUAAUAUUCUUCUGUGAAAUUUCAACAACGUGAACUUUUUAUUCUUCCAAA